AUGGGUUUAAGUACUUGGACCCAAAGUUUGGUGCAAUCAGACGGGGCGGAGCUGCCAAAACCGCCGCCACCUACACGGCGGAGCCACCAACAAUCAGAGCCUUUGAAGUGUCCAAGGUGUGACUCAACGAACACAAAGUUCUGUUAUUACAAUAAUUACAACAAAUCUCAACCUCGCCAUUUCUGUAAAGCUUGUAAGAGGCACUGGACUAAAGGUGGCACUCUACGUAAUGUGCCUGUCGGCGGUGGUCGGAAAAACAAACGGCUCAAAACAUCAAAUGCAAGUUCCACCACCACAGCCAGCGGCGCAGCCACCACAAAUCCCACCACCAACCCCUCCACCUCAUCUAUUCUCCCCUUUGGUGCUUUUGGUACCGCCGAUAAGAUUAGCAGCUUUUCAGGGAAAUCUUUCACUGGAAACAAUGGAUCAGCACCAAAGAAUCAAAACCCAGAAUUUCAAUUCUCAAGUUUCAGCACUUUUGACAUUGAUUCAUCAUCUUUAUUAAUCCCCGCCGGAAACGCAUAUGACUACGCCGGAAACUGCCUCGACGCGGCGGAGGAAUCAACAAUUACAACAGUCAAUCCAAGCAUAAGCAGCAAUGUCAUAGAAUUUCCAUGGGGAGGUCCAAGUACAGACGUUUCAAAUUACUACUGGAAUAAUUGGAAUGAUAUCGAUUUAACUUCAGCUGAUCUUAUCAAUAUAUCAUGGGAUGAUACAGAGAUCAAACCUUAA